AUGGCGCGGGGAGCCGGCCCGCCGCUGCGGCUGCUGCUGCUGCUCCUGCUGCAGCUCCUGGCGCUCCCCGCCGGCCGCGGCAACCGCACCGGCCCCGACUCCCUGUAUGUCUCCGAGUACUUCUCUCAGAGCGCACAGAAGCUGUCCUUCUACAGCUGGUAUGGGAACGCCAAGCUCUUCCACUUCCAUGUGCCAGAAGACACUGUGCUGCUUCGCUGGCUUCUGCAAGCAUCCCGGGGGAAAGGACCUGAGUGCACCAGCAUGGAGAUAACAGUGCAUUUUCGCUACGGAGCCCCUCCUGUAAUUAAUCCACUGGGCACUCGUUUUCCUGCAAAUGCUACCGUCCGUCCUUCCUAUAACAUAAGCAUCACUCUAAGCAGUGCUGUGCAAAACACCACCUUUGUGAACGUCACCACCCCUGCUGCCGGAGACUGGUUCAUUGCUGCCCAUCUCCCUGAGGCUGCUGGCAGGAUUGAAGUGAAGGGUUUCUCCACUCCAUGCCCCUAUAUGUUCCAGGCAGAUAUGUUUGUGCUCAGACUCGCUGAUAUGCCUGUUCUGGAGCCUGGUGUUGCUAUGCCACAAACCAUCUUCUCGCCUGCUAAGCCACUGCAUGUCAAGGUCUUCGUUCCCAAGCACGCCGCAGGGAUGCGGUUUGAGCUGCGAAGCUGCGUGACAAAUGAGCGAAAAGCGUGUGCCGUGCGGGUAGUGCUGGGCUCCAUCACGCUGCCGCAGUCCUUCCAGAGGAUCAUCACCUGCACGGGGAACGUAAACUGCAGCCUGGCACUGGAUUCCCCCUGGGAGAAGUGGCUGCAGAUCAUGGUGGAGAGUCUCGGCGCUGCCAAUGCCAGUGUGUCGGUGGAGAUGCUGGCGUCCUUCACAGCUUGCAGACCGGGCAGUACCAGUUCAUUCCUUAACUUCAGCAGCCUAAACCAGAGCCAAACUGGUCCCAGACCAGGUAGCACAGGAGCAGCAGGGAGCUCCACUCUGUCUACAGGAGAGGCUUCACGCAAUGUGUCCGACCAGAGGAGCUACUGUCUGCAGAACCAGCCCAUCGUUCGUGAGGACCUGGAUGUGGUCUCUGUGCGCUACAGGCUCUUGAAUGGUCCCAGCGUGCCCGUGCACUCCGUGUCCCCGACUCUCCUCCUCCUCAACCUGAACACUGGCAUGGACAGCGGGGGUUCCCUCGUGGUCAGUCUCCUGCUUAACAAGACGUCCGUGAGCCUGGCCAAUGCCACCGUGGUAGCGUGUGUGAGUGCUGCUGCGCCGGUGCUGUCCCUCAAUGCCACGCAGAACUGCAGCACAGCUUUUUUCCAGGGCUACCCUCUGAGCAUGAGCACAGCCUCUGCAGAAGCGAUGCUGAUUGUCCUGUACCCGCAGACGGAUGACUGGUUCCUCUCCCUGCAGCUCAUCUGCCCGAAGGGCCAGGGUGAAUGUAACGCCGCGGAAGCCAAAGUGACUGUCUUCGCAUACCUCACCCCCUGCUUCAAUGACUGUGGGCCGUACGGACAGUGCAGCCUCCUGAGAAGACACGGCUACCUCUAUGCUGGCUGCAGCUGCAAAGCUGGUUGGGGCGGGUGGAGCUGCACGGAUGAUACCAAGGCCCAGUCUGUCGGUGCGCAGAACCUGGCCACCCUCCUGCUCACCCUCAGCAACCUCAUGUUCCUGCCGGCAAUCGCAGUUGCUGUUUAUCGCUACUACCUGGUGGAGGCCUCCGUCUACACCUACACCAUGUUCUUCUCCACGUUCUACCACGCGUGUGACCAGCCAGGCGUCGCGGUGAUGUGCAUCAUGGACUACGACACACUACAGUACUGUGACUUUUUGGGCUCUGUGGUGUCCAUCUGGGUGACGAUCCUGUGCAUGUCCCGGGUGAAGAAGAUCCUGAAAUACGUCCUUUUCGUCUUGGGGACCCUGUUAAUUGCCAUGUCCCUGCAGCUGGACCGCAGAGGGGUGUGGAACAUGAUGGGUCCCUGCCUCUUUGCCCUCGUCAUCAUGAUUGCAGCGUGGGUUUACCACGGAGUGAAGCGCAGACACUGCUACCCCUCCUCGUGGAAGCGCUGGGUUUUCUACCUCCUCCCAGGGAUCACCUUGGCUUUCAUUGCCAUCUCGGUAUAUGCGUUCAUGGAAACCAAUGAGAACUAUUACUACACCCACAGCAUCUGGCACGUGCUGGUGGCUUGCAGCGUUGCUUUCCUGCUUCCUCCUCGGGACAAGCAUAAGAAGCCCUGGGCCUGGUCACAGAAGCUCACUUGUCGCUAUCAGAUCUGCCAGAAUGACCGUGAGGAGCUCUAUGCUGUGACCUGAACUGCUCGGCUCCCGGUCGCAGAGGUGGAGGGCUGGUGAGGUUGCUCUUUACCUGGGCUGCCCCUCUCUCGCACGUCAGCAAUCCUCUUACGUGCUCAUUCACUGGCCGGGAGGGCGCAGUGUGGACCGGGUUUAAAGAUGAAGACAGUGGGCUUGUCUUGUGAAGGCAAGUUUGAGGCCACCUCUGCUUUUCUGCUGGGAUGAGGCAGGCUCUUCAUGGUUCUAGAUCAAGGAAUAGCCUGUCCCCCACCUCCCACUGGCCCUGGGGGAAAUUGCCGACCCUUCUUCCCCUCCUGCUGUGUCCAUGAGGCUUGGGCUUAGCCCACGCUGAGCUGGAGCCAGGGCUUUGGCUGCUGGGCUCUUCUUUGCCCCCCUGUCCUAGCAGAGGACCAUGGGACAGAGAUUUCCCUUGCCAUCCUGCAAUCAGCAUUUGAACCCAAGAGAAGAAUAGGUUUCUUCUGAUCUGGGGGGCAAAUGCUGCUGCGUGCCCUUGGUGCUGAUGGGGAGGGAGGGAGCUGAUCUCGGCGUGCGCUGGGCCCUUGGCUGUGUUCUCCACGGGGGUCUGGAGCCUCUCUCCCUGUGGAACAGGUGAUGCGGCUCUUACCUAGUCCUGAUUCUGAGGGGAGGAGAAUGAGGCCGGGACUUGGGCUCUGGAUUCAGGAUCAGACUUGGCAGGAAUGUGAAAAAAAAACCAUGUGGGGACAUGCAAGAGGCAUCAACAGCAUCUCGCCCAGAGCUGUGAAACCCGUAGCAGAGCAGGGUUUAGUCUAAGUUUAACUUUAGUGCUCUCAGCUCAUCUGGAAGGAGCCAGGCUGCUGCACUGUCCCCUUCCUCUCUCAAUGUUCAGGUAUCCCCAUCUUCUUCCCUUUUGUGGGUUUGGCAUGUGCGCAGCUCUGCCUGGGGCAGCGUAGGCGGUCCAGGAUGGUGUCUGGGCUGCGCACCCCCUGCUCCUCCAGCCUGCUGUGCCUCAGAGGCUGGGUGUGCUGCGGAGUCACGGCCGAUCUGAGGCCAUUGGCAGUGUCCCACCCCAGCCAGGAGCAUCGCCAUGGGCUCCCCGGAUGGCUGUGGUCUCCUUUGCAGCAUCUCUCUCACCUUAGCCUUACUAUAGGGCACGCAGGCAUCGGAAAGCAAGGGCAGAAACUUGGCAACCAGGAAAGUUGUCUUUGUCCAUCCUUAUUCUAUAGAUAAGGGCUCAAAUACAUCGUUCCUUGCUGGUUUAUUCCAGCUGUGGUCAGUCUGGUGCGUGCUGCUGGGAGCCUCUCCUCAGGUGGCUUUGGGGAGGAAAGAGCUAUUAAUGAAGGAUUUGCCUCGGGGUUAUUUCUUUGCUUUUGAAGAGCGCCCAGCCUUCUGCUCAGCUCUGCACUUUAUCCCUCUGCCUCCCCUUCCUCUGCAAACUCCGACGUUUUAAGCAGAUGCAGGACGAGCGAAGGGCACUCGCCUGCACCCAGCAGUGUCGUCCCCCCGUCACCCACGUCCCCCGCGUUUGCUUUUGCUGCUGCCAUCCACGACAGCACGGCAGGAAGGGGGGACGUGGGGCCCUCAGGGCUUCCUCGAACUUUUAUCACUUUUAGGCACUU